GGGAGGAAGAGGAGGCAGCCGCUGAGGAGCCAACGCUGGGUCCUGCAGUAAGACUCCCAGGAGCCACCAUCAUGGUGAAGAGGAAGAGCUCUGAGGGCCAGGAGCAGGACGGCGGCCGCGGCAUCCCCUUGCCCAUCCAGACCUUCCUGUGGCGGCAAACCAGUGCAUUUUUGAGGCCUAAACUGGGGAAGCAAUAUGAAGCCUCUUGUGUGUCCUUUGAACGAGUGUUGGUAGAAAACAAGCUGCAUGGCCUCUCUCCGGCCCUCUCUGAAGCCAUCCAGAGUAUUUCCAGAUGGGAGCUGGUGCAAGCCGCUUUGCCUCAUGUCCUCCACUGCACAGCAACCCUCCUCUCCAACAGGAACAAGCUGGGCCACCAGGAUAAACUGGGUGUUGCUGAGACAAAACUCCUGCACACCCUCCACUGGAUGCUCCUGGAGGCCCCCCAGGACUGCAACAGUGAGCGGUUUGGGGGCACGGACCGAGGAUCCAGCUGGGGUGGCAGUAGCAGCGCUUUUAUCCACCAGAUUGAAAACCAGGGUUCUCCAGGGCUGCCUUGCCAAAGCAGCUCCAACGAUGACGAAGAGAACAACCGAAGGAAGAUAUUCCAUAACUCCAUGGCUACUGUGGAGCUCUUUGUGUUUCUGUUUGCUCCUCUCGUCCACAGGAUCAAGGAAUCUGACCUCACGUUCCGCCUGGCCAGCGGGCUUGUUAUAUGGCAGCCCAUGUGGGAGCACAGACAGCCUGAAGUCUCUGGCUUCACGGCACUGGUGAAGCCCAUCAGGAACAUCAUCACAGCUAAGAGAAGCUCUCCUAUUAACAGUCAGAGUCAGACCUGUGAAUCACCAAAUCAGGACACAAGACAUGGAGAGGGACUCCAGGUGGUCUGUGAAACCUUCCAGUCAGAUUCCAUCUCCCCCCAGGCCACCAUGUCAGGCUGUCACCGAAACUCCUUUGAUGGAAGUCUGUCCUCCCAAACUUCCCAGGAAAGAGGUCCAUCACAUUCCAGGGUCUCUCUUGUGAUACCUCCAUGCCAAAGGUCCCGCUAUGCCACCUACUUUGAUGUUGCUGUUCUUCGCUGCCUACUCCAGCCCCACUGGUCUGAGGAAGGCACUCAGUGGUCUCUGAUGUAUUAUCUACAAAGGCUGAGACACAUGUUGGAAGAGAAGCCAGAAAAGCUCCCAGAGCCAGAUAUUCCCCUCCUGCCCAGACCCAGGAGCAGCUCAAUGGUGGCAGCAGCCCCCUCACUGGUGAACACCCACAAAACCCAAGAUCUCACCAUGAAGUGUAAUGAAGAUGAAAAAUCUCUCAGUCCUGAGGCCUUUUCCAAGGUGUCCUUGACCAAUCUGCGUAGGUCUGCAGUCCCAGAUCUUUCUUCUGACCUUGGCAUGAACAUCUUUAAGAAGUUCAAGAGUCGCAAAGAAGACCGGGAGAGGAAGGGCUCCAUCCCCUUGCAUCACACGGGGAAGAGGAGGCCGCGGAGAAUGGGCGUGCCCUUCCUGCUUCACGAGGACCACCUGGAUGUGUCCCCCACCCGCAGCACCUUCUCCUUCGGAAGCUUCUCUGCGCUGGGAGAAGACCGGCGAGGCAUUGAGAAAGGCGGCUGGCAGACCACCAUUCUAGGGAAAUUUACCCCGGGCAGUUCUGAUGCAGCCACGGAGAUGGAGAGCUUGAGCGCCAAACACUCACACUCUCAUCACACCCUGGUGAGUGACCUGCCGGACCACUCCAACAGCCACGGAGAAAACACCUUCAAGGAAGUGAGAUCCCAGAUCUCCACGAUCACAGUUGCAACCUUCAAUACCACAUUGGCGUCAUUCAACGUAGGCUACGCAGACUUCUUCAAUGAACAUAUGAGGAAGCUCUGCAACCAGGUGCCUAUCCCAGAGAUAACACACGAACCCCUGGCCUGUGCGAACCUGCCGCGAAGCCUCACGGACUCCUGCAUAAACUACAGCUACUUGGAGGACACAGAGCAUAUUGAUGGGACCAAUAACUUUGUUCACAAAAAUGGCAUGCUUGAUCUUUCUGUGGUUCUGAAGGCUGUUUAUCUUGUCCUUAACCAUGACAUCAGUUCUCGAAUCUGUGAUGUGGCACUAAACAUUGUUGAAUGCUUGCUUCAACUUGGUGUGGUGCCCUGUAUAGAAAAGAACAGAAAGAAGAGUGAAAAUAAGGAAAAUGAGGCUGUGGAAAAAAGACCAAGUGAGGGAACUUUCCAGUUCAAAGGAGUAUCUGGAAGUUCCUGUGGAUUUGGGGGCCCUUCAGUUAGUGGAGCUGGAGAUGGUGGAGGAGAAGAAGGAGGAGGUGGAGAUGGAGGAGGUGGAGGAGGCGAUGGAGGAGGAGGUGGAGGAGGUGGAGGUGGCCCUUAUGAGAAGAAUGAUAAGAACCAAGAUAAGGAUGAAAUUAUCCCUGUAAGCAACCAUAGGCUUGCGCUAACCAUGCUCAUCAAAAUAGUGAAGUCUUUGGGAUGUGCCUAUGGUUGUGGAGAAGGACACCGAGGGCUCUCUGGAGAUCGUCUGAGACACCAGGUAUUCCGAGAGAAUGCCCAGAAUUGCCUCACUAAGCUGUACAAGCUAGAUAAGAUGCAAUUCCGACAAACCAUGAGGGACUAUGUGAACAAGGACUCCCUCAAUAAUGUAGUGGACUUCUUGCAUGCUUUGCUAGGAUUUUGUAUGGAACCGGUCACUGACAAAUGGCGGGAAGUUGAAGCUCAGUCAUUCUUGGCUUCCUCCACUUCGCAGAGCAGUGGGCUGUAUUGUGACAUCCGUCAGCUGGUCCAAUUUAUCAAAGAGGCUCAUGGGAAUGUCUUCAGGAGAGUGGCCCUCAGCGCUUUACUUGACAGUGCGGAGAAGUUGGCACCAGGGAAAAGGGUGGAGGAGAAUGAACCAGAAUCUAAGCCUGUAGGCAGCAAAAGGUCAGAGGCAGGAAGCGUUGUGGAUAAAGGCCAAGUGUCCUCUGCACCUGAGGAAUGUCGCAGCUUCAUAUCUGGUCGACCCUCGCAGACUCCAGAGCACGAUGAACAAAUGCAAGGGGGCAACUUGGGGCGGAAGGAUUUCUGGCGCAAGAUGUUCAAAUCCCAGAGUGCAGCAAGUGACACCAGCAGCCAGUCUGAGCAGGACACUUCGGAAUGCACCACUGCCCACUCAGGGAACACCUCUGACCGACGCGCCCGCUCACGGUCCCGCAGAAUUUCCCUUCGGAAGAAGCUGAAACUCCCCAUAGGUAAAAGGAACUGGCUGAAGCGAUCCUCCCUCUCAGGCCUGGCGGAUGGUGUGGAGGACCUCCUGGACAUCAGCUCUGUGGACCGCCUGUCUUUCAUCAGGCAGAGCUCCAAGGUCAAAUUUACCAGUGCAGUGAAGCUUUCUGAAGGCGGGCCUGGGAGUGGAAUGGAAAAUGGAAGAGAUGAAGAGGAGAAUUUCUUCAAGCGUCUCGGUUGCCAUAGUUUUGACGACCAUCUGUCUUCCAACCAAGAUGGUGGAAAAAGUAAAAACGUGGUGAACCUUGGAGCAAUCCGACAAGGCAUGAAGCGCUUUCAAUUUCUGUUGAACUGCUGUGAGCCGGGGACCAUUCCUGAUGCAUCCAUCCUGGCAGCUGCCCUGGAUCUUGAAGCCCCUGUGGUAGCCAGAGCAGCGCUGUUCCUGGAAUGCGCCCGAUUCGUUCACCGCUGCAACCGUGGCAACUGGCCCGAGUGGAUGAAAGGCCACCACGUGAAUAUCACCAAGAAAGGCCUGUCCAGGGGCCGGUCUCCCAUCGUGGGCAACAAGCGGAACCAGAAGCUGCAGUGGAACGCUGCCAAGCUCUUCUACCAAUGGGGAGACGCAAUUGGCAUCCGAUUGAAUGAGCUGUGCCAUGGGGAAAGUGAGAGCCCAGCCAACCUGCUGGGUCUUAUUUAUGAUGAGGAGACCAAGAGGAGACUGAGAAAGGAGGAUGAGGAGGAAGACUUUUUAGAUGACAGUACUGUGAACCCCUCUAAAUGCGGCUGCCCCUUUGCUUUGAAGAUGGCAGCAUGCCAGCUGCUGCUGGAGAUUACCACCUUCCUGCGAGAGACCUUUUCUUGCCUGCCCAGACCACGCACUGAGCCUCUGGUGGACCUGGAGAGCUGCAGGCUUCGUUUGGAUCCUGAGUUGGACCGACACAGAUAUGAAAGGAAGAUCAGCUUUGCCGGGGUCCUGGAUGAAAAUGAAGACUCAAAGGAUUCCCUCCACAGUAGUAGCCACACCCUCAAAUCCGACGCAGGUGGUGAGGAGAAGAAAGAAGGGAGCCCGUGGAGUGCAAGCGAGCCCAGCAUCGAGCCAGAAGGAAUGAGUACUGCCGGCACAGAGGAGAAUUACCACAGGAACAUGUCGUGGCUUCACGUCAUGAUCUUGCUGUGCAAUCAGCAAAGCUUUAUCUGCACCCAUGUUGACUACUGCCACCCACACUGCUACCUGCACCACAGCCGCUCCUGUGCCCGGCUGGUCAGGGCCAUCAAGCUGCUGUAUGGAGACACCGUGGACUCCCUCCGGGAGAGCAACAACAACAGCAACGUGGCUCUCAGGGGCAAGAAGCAGAAAGAGUGCUCAGACAAGUCCUGCCUGAGGACACCUUCUCUGAAGAAGAGAGUUUCAGAUGCCAACCUAGAAGGGAAAAAGGACUCGGGAAUGCUGAAGUACAUCAGACUGCAGGUGAUGAGUCUGUCGCCUGCUCCCUUAUCUCUGCUCAUCAAGGCAGCACCAAUUCUGACGGAGGAGAUGUAUGGGGAUAUCCAGCCAGCUGCCUGGGAGCUCCUGCUCAGCAUGGAUGAGCACAUGGCUGGGGCGGCAGCUGCCAUGUUCCUGCUGUGUGCGGUGAAAGUCCCCGAGGCCGUGUCCGACAUGCUGAUGUCAGAGUUCCAGCACCCGGAGACGGUGCAGAGGCUGAACGCCGUCCUCAAGUUCCACACACUCUGGAGGUUUCGCUAUCAGGUCUGGCCCCGGAUGGAGGAGGGAGCACAGCAGAUUUUCAAGAUCCCGCCUCCCAGUAUAAACUUCACCCUGCCCUCGCCAGUACUUGGAAUGCCAUCUGUCCCCAUGUUUGACCCGCCGUGGGUCCCUCAGUGCAGCGGGAGUGUCCAGGACCCCAUUAAUGAAGACCAGUCUAAAUCCUUUUCAGCCCGGGCUGUGUCUCGUUCCCAUCAAAGGGCAGAACACAUCUUAAAGAACUUGCAACAGGAGGAAGAGAAGAAGCGUCUUGGCCGAGAAGCCAGCCUCAUCACUGCCAUCCCCAUCACCCAGGAGGCUUGCUACGAGCCCACCUGCACACCCAACUCAGAGCCAGAAGAAGAAGUAGAAGAAGUCACCAAUCUGGCAUCCCGCCGACUGUCUGUCAGUCCAUCCUGUACCUCCAGUACUUCCCACAGGAAUUACUCCUUCCGCCGAGGGUCAGUCUGGUCGGUGCGUUCGGCUGUCAGUGCUGAAGAUGAGGAGCACACCACGGAACACACGCCAAACCACCAUGUGCCUCAGCCCCCACAGGCAGUGUUCCCAGCAUGCAUCUGUGCAGCAGUGCUCCCCAUUGUUCAUCUCAUGGAGGAUGGGGAGGUGCGGGAAGAUGGAGUAGCAGUGAGUGCUGUGGCCCAACAAGUCUUGUGGAACUGUCUAAUUGAAGAUCCAUCAACAGUUCUUCGACAUUUUCUGGAAAAACUGACCAUCAGCAAUAGACAAGAUGAAUUAAUGUACAUGCUGCGCAAACUUCUCCUGAAUAUUGGAGACUUUCCUGCUCAGACAUCUCACAUCCUGUUCAACUACUUGGUGGGAUUAAUCAUGUACUUUGUGCGGACCCCUUGCGAGUGGGGCAUGGAUGCCAUUUCAGCCACCCUGACCUUCCUGUGGGAGGUGGUGGGCUACGUGGAGGGCCUCUUCUUCAAGGAUCUGAAGCAGACCAUGAAGAAGGAGCAGUGUGAGGUGAAGCUGCUGGUGACUGCCUCAAUGCCAGGUACCAAAACCCUGGUGGUUCAUGGGCAGAAUGAGUGUGAUAUCCCUACCCAAUUACCAGUCCAUGAAGACACUCAAUUUGAAGCCCUGUUAAAGGAGUGUUUGGAAUUUUUUAACAUCCCAGAAUCCCAGUCAACACAUUAUUUUCUCAUGGAUAAACGAUGGAACCUUAUCCACUACAAUAAGACCUAUGUCCGGGACAUUUAUCCUUUCCGGAGGUCAGUGUCUCCGCAGCUGAACCUUGUGCAUAUGCAUCCGGAGAAAGGACAGGAGCUCAUUCAGAAACAGGUGUUCACGCGGAAGCUGGAGGAAGUGGGGCGAGUUUUGUUCCUCAUCUCCCUGACCCAGAAGAUCCCCACGGCCCACAAACAGUCCCACGUCUCCAUGCUGCAGGAAGACCUCCUCCGACUGCCCUCAUUCCCUCGCAGUGCUAUCGAUGCUGAGUUUUCACUCUUCAGCGAUCCUCAAGCUGGGAAGGAGCUGUUUGGCCUGGACACUCUUCAGAAGAGCUUGUGGAUCCAGCUCCUGGAGGAGAUGUUCCUGGGCAUGCCCAGCGAGUUUCCCUGGGGAGAUGAAAUCAUGCUCUUCCUCAACGUUUUUAACGGGGCUCUGAUCCUGCACCCAGAAGACAGCGCCCUGCUCAGGCAGUACGCGGCCACCGUCAUCAACAGCGCUGUGCACUUCAACCACCUCUUCUCCCUCAGCGGCUACCAGUGGAUUCUGCCCACCAUGCUGCAGGUGUACUCUGAUUAUGAAAGCAACCCCCAGUUGCGCCAAGCCAUCGAGUUUGCCUGCCACCAGUUCUACAUUCUCCACCGGAAGCCCUUUGUGCUCCAGCUGUUUGCUAGUGUGGCCCCGCUGCUGGAGUUCCCGGAUGCUGCCAAUACUGGGUCCAGCAAAGGUGUGUCAGCUCAGUGCCUGUUUGACUUGCUGCAGUCCCUGGAGGGCGAGACCACGGACAUCUUAGAUAUCUUAGAGCUGGUCAAGGCUGAGAAGCCGCUGAAGUCUUUAGAUUUCUGCUAUGGAAAUGAAGACCUGACUUUCUCCAUAAGUGAGGCCAUUAAGCUCUGUGUCACGGUGGUGGCAUAUGCUCCGGAAUCGUUCAGAAGUCUUCAGAUGCUGAUGGUCUUGGAAGCUUUAGUCCCAUGUUACCUACAAAAGCUAAAGAGGCAGACAUCACAGGUGGAGACAGUACCUGCUGCCCGAGAGGAGAUUGCUGCCACAGCUGCUCUUGCGACAUCCCUCCAGGCCCUUCUCUACAGUGUAGAGGUCCUCACCAGGCCCAUGACAGCCCCACAGAUGAGCAGGUGUGACCAAGGUCAUAAAGGCGCCACCACAGCCAAUCACACCAUGUCGUCUGGGGUGAACACCAGGUACCAGGAACAAAGCGCCAAACUGCACUUUAUCAGGGAAAACCUUCACUUGCUGGAGGAGGGGCAAGGCCUGCCCAGAGAGGAGCUGGAUGAGCGAAUUGCCCGGGAGGAGUUCAGAAGACCCCGGGAGUCCCUGCUGAAUAUUUGCACUGAGUUCUACAAGCACUGCGGGCCAAGGCUGAAGAUCUUGCAAAACCUGGCUGGGGAGCCUCGGGUCACGGCCCUGGAGUUGCUGGAUGUGAAGUCCCACAUGAGGUUGGCAGAAAUUGCUCACUCCCUUCUGAAGCUGGCACCAUACGACACGCAGACGAUGGAGAGCCGGGGGCUUCGACGCUACAUCAUGGAGAUGUUACCUAUUACCGACUGGACAGCCGAGGCAGUGAGGCCGGCCCUUAUCCUCAUUUUAAAGAGAUUGGAUAGAAUGUUCAACAAAAUUCAUAAGAUGCCUACUUUGAGGCGACAGGUUGAGUGGGAGCCUGCCAGCAAUUUGAUUGAAGGGGUUUGUUUGACACUGCAGAGGCAGCCAAUCAUAUCCUUCCUGCCUCACCUUAGGUCACUGAUCAAUGUCUGUGUCAAUCUGGUGAUGGGAGUGGUAGGACCUUCCAGUGUUGCUGAUGGAUUACCCCUUCUUCAUCUCAGCCCUUAUCUCUCACCACCUCUGCCCUUCAGCACAGCUGUUGUCCGGCUUGUAGCAUUGCAGAUACAGGCUUUAAAAGAAGAUUUCCCUUUAAGCCAUGUGAUCUCCCCAUUCACCAAUCAAGAGCGAAGGGAAGGGAUGCUUUUAAACCUACUCAUCCCAUUUGUGCUCACAGUAGGAUCUGGAAGCAAAGAUAGCCCGUGGCUGGAGCAGCCCGAGGUGCAGCUGCUACUGCAGACGGUCAUCAACGUGCUCCUGCCUCCACGGAUCAUCAGCACGUCCAGGAGCAAGAACUUCAUGUUGGAGAGCUCCCCCGCUCACUGCUCCACCCCGGGGGACGUCGGGAAAGACCUGCGCAGGGAAGGGCUGGCAGAGUCCACCAGCCAAGCUGCAUACUUAGCUCUCAAGGUGAUUCUCGUCUGCUUCGAGAGGCAGCUCGGGAGCCAGUGGUACUGGCUGAGCCUCCAGGUGAAGGAGAUGGCCCUGCGGAAGGUGGGAGGCCUGGCCCUGUGGGACUUCCUGGACUUCAUCGUGCGGACCCGAAUACCCAUCUUCGUGCUCCUGCGCCCGUUCAUCCAGUGCAAGCUUCUGGCCCAACCAGCAGAGAAUCACGACGAGCUUUCUGCCCGGCAGCAUAUUGCUGACCAGCUGGAGCGGCGCUUCAUUCCCCGCCCUCUGUGCAAGAGCUCCCUCAUUGCCGAGUUCAACAAUGAGCUGAAAAUUCUGAAGGAGGCAGUUCACAGUGGGUCAGCCUACCAGGGGAAGACGUCCAUCAGCACCGUGGGCACCUCCACCUCUGCUUACCGCCUGAGCCUGGCCACCAUGUCCCGCUCCAACACAGGCACCGGCACGGUCUGGGAGCAGGACAGCGAGCCCUCCCAGCAGGCCUCGCAGGACACCCUGAGCCGGACCGAUGAGGAGGAUGAGGAAAAUGACUCUGUGAGCAUGCCCAGUGUGGUAAGUGAACAAGAAGCUUACCUCCUGAGUGCCAUUGGAAGGAGGAGGUUCUCCAGCCACGUCUCUAGCAUGUCCGCACCUCAGGCUGAGGUGGGCAUGUUACCUAGCCAAAGUGAACCUAAUGUCCUCGACGACUCCCAGGGCCUGGCCGCCGAGGGCAGCCUCUCUAGGGUGGCAAGUGUGCAGAGCGAGCCUGGCCAACAGAACCUCCUCAUUCAGCAGCCGCUGGGGAGGAAGAGGGGCCUAAGGCAGCUAAGACGUCCUCUACUGUCACGUCAGAAGACUCAGAAUGAAUCCAGAAACCGCCAUGGAGCUCGGCUGUCAACCACUCGGAGGAGCAUUCAACCUAAAACGAAGCCAUCUGUGGAUCAGAAACGAUCUGUGACCUUCAUUGAGGCCCAGCCGGCUCAGCCAGAGCUAGCAGGUGCCCCAACGGACACACUUCCUGCCACAGUCCAGCCUCAAGGCUGCAGCCCGGCCCCAUCUGGGAAGCCAGAAGGAAUGGACAAACCAGUCCUCACAUCUUCCCCGGCCAUUGUUGUUGCUGAUCUUCAUAGACUGUCUCCCAAGCAGAGUGAGAUCCUCCCUGCUGAAGAAGGAGAAAAGAAGGAGGACCCAGAAGUACAAGGUGCUGCAGCACACAGCCCCCUCUCUACUCAAAUCUCAGACCCUGAUGACUUCACAGGCCUUGAGACGUCCAUCCUCCUGCAGCACGGAGACACUGUCCUUCACAUCAGCGAAGAAAACGGCAUGGAGAACCCCCUGCUGUCCAGCCAGUUCACGUUCACUCCCACGGAGCUGGGGGAGGCUGGUGUAGACCUGGAUGAGUCGCAUGUUUAG